AUGAGAGUCCUCUUGGCCUUUUUUGUUCUUCUGAGUUUCUUAUCCUUGGGCAAUGCUCGAAUGAUUGAAUAUUUCGAGCUUGGCGAAGGCUGUGGUGUGACUUCGGAAAUAAAACUACAUUCUAAGCCCCUGGAGAUUUCCAAUCAAAAAGGCUGUGUUUUGGUUCAAUUUCCAGCCACAGCCGAGUUUGAGCUUGAAAAUGAGAAGAAAAAUUAUCGAAUUGCGGACCAAAUCAAGAAUAGAUUUGGCGGUUGGGCGGAAUGGUCCGAGUGGAGUAUCUGUUCCAAAACGUGUGGUUCAGGCCAAAAAACGAGGUCGCGAACAUGUGACUCUGACCAGCCUGAUUUGUAUUGCAAAGGAGGCACAACAAGUGUUCGUUAUUGUCUCGUAGUGAGUUGCCCAGUUAAUGGGCAUUGGUCGGAAUGGAGUUUUUGGGACGCUUGCUCAACUGACUGUGAUAUGACAGUAGAAACGCGAUCUCGUUCUUGCACCAAUCCUGCUCCCAAACAUGGAGGGGAUAGUUGUUUUGGAUCAGAACAAGAAGUGAGGAACUGCACCAGUGAAGCCAUUUGCCCAGGAUCAUGGUCGGCCUGGGUACCUUGGAGUGCAUGUAAUCCCUCCAUUGGCGAUUGUGGGGAUGGUGCGAAAUCGCGAACUCGAACUUGUGACAACCCAGCUCCAAGGAAUGGAGGAGAUUCAUGCAAUGGUCAAGACCGGGAUUCCUUGAAUUGUAGGGUCCCAUGUGGACCACCUGGAGAGUGGAAUACUUGGGGCCCAUGGGGCAAUUGUGACAACACUGUGUGCGGAAAAGGUCUUGAAUCUCGAAGCCGAGAUUGUGGCGCCUCAUCCAAUGAAGAGCCCUGUCCACUUGAAGAUGCUAUAGUUGACACUCAAGAAUGUGAAAAAGAUUGCAAGGGUAAAAUGAACCUCUCUUUUGAUUGGAUCAUAAGUAAUACUGUGAUUUUUUUUCUGCAUGCAGCCUCAGGUAUGUAAAUACGGAGUCUUUGAGGAAGUCUAAAUUUAAGUGAUAUUUAUAAACCAACGAAAGAACUCAACGCUAAACCGAUUUUGGACAUUGCUUAUGAGCACUAGGUCUGGGAGUAUGAUGAAAAUAACCAAUGAGUUUGGUGCAAAUGGAUUUGAAUCACAUUGCUUGAUUAACGAUUGGCUCGAAUGUACUUAUGAAGAGACUUAUCUCAAAGUUUUGACAACCAAAUUGCUACCAGCCUUCAAAAAUGGUAAAUGAAGAAUUUCAAAACGUUCCUGAGCGUAACCUUUUUAACAUUGUGUUUCUACAUUUUUCCAUGUAAGAUCAAUGGCGAAGCCUCAGAUAAUGUAGACGUUAUGGAUAAUAUGAAUGGAGACUAACUGUCCUCGAGCGUGUUUCCUACUUCACAGACUUCAGGAGUAACAACUUAAGUUACCUUUAGAGUUUUGAAGGAAAUACCCAAACAUAUCUUGGCAUUUUUCUACCUCAGAAAACCACAUGGAACAACUUUGGUUUUAUUGCUUUAUGAAGGUGCAGCCUCUUUGAAAAUCUUAUUCGCGUAUAAAACAUUAUAAAAUCUGAUGAUUUUCAAAAUCCUUCUUAAUGAAAAUUGGGAGGGCACUUGGUAUGCUUUGACCUAGACACUAUCAUUUUAUAUGUAAAGCCGUUACUUAGAGAUGUGGGACUUAAUCGUCCAAUUAAGUUGGACGAUAAUUUUACAAAAGAAUUGAUGCGGAUUUUAACAUCACCAAAAUAAAAGACUUUUUCUUAUUUUUCCUAAACAAUCUAAAAAGAGUUAAUACGUUGCUGGACCUUUCUAGAAAGUCUCCGAAAAUGAAAAUCUUAAAUAUUGAUUAUUGAUUAUUCAAGAAUCAUGAAAAGCACACCGAGUUCAACAACCAUUGCAAAUUUAAAAAAGUAAAUAAAAAACGACAAAGCCUUAAAGGAGCAAUUUUUAAUCAGUUUCAACAAAGGGUUCAAGAAAAGCCCAAAUCAAAACGGUUGUUUGAUCUAUGCAUUGUCUUCAUAAUUCAAGUAAAUGUGUAACUGUGCGACUAUUUUAUUAUCAUAAAAUGUACAUUCAAAAAUUAUAUUUUUAGUGUAUUAUAAGAUACAUUUUUUGAUUUCUGCUUCCAGUCAAUGGUACUUGGCCAUUCUUAUCAAACAUAAAAUCGUGAGGACAGAUAAUAGAUAAAACGUUUUUCCAAGGACACAUGUUCAAGAAAAUGGCUCAGAUCAGAGUGGUAUUAAAGCAUAGAGGUACGGAAUCUGGACAAGAGAAUAAACUUUCAGAAAGAAGAAUUUAAAUAAUUGAUUGUUAUUCGUCAAUCUCUCAGGUCGGCUAACCAAAUUGGAAGCCUUUUGUCGAAAGUGAGCGUUCAUAAUUGAUAGUGGUUCAGAAAUGUUGUAAAGAACCUGAGAUGAUCAAAAUAUGAUAAAGUUAGUACUUUUUAAGGCAAUAUGCAAAUUAAAUAGUUACUUCUAUCUGUUGUCCUCUACCACAUUGAAGUAGAUCAUGGGAUUUGUUGCAAAUGGCAGAGCUAGAAAAUGAGCUCAAUAGAAAUCUCAAAUCUUUAAACGCAAGAGGAACCAAUAUGAACAUAAUUUGCUAUUUUUGACCCUGAGAAAACAUGAAGAACAUCAAGACUAACCAAAUUUGAAGCAAAAGCUCGAGGUCAAAUUUCAUCUGCCAACAUUAUUGUUUUUGAAUCAUUCCCGAAUGAUUUGGGUCGUAAUCAUUUCUAUGAAGAGUACAUAAUGUCAAGGGGCAGGGGCGAUUUUAAAGAUGUGGAAAAAAGAAAUAUUUCGAAAUUUAUGAAAAAUGAGUCUAUGUUGUCAUUUAACGCACUUUUUCGCACAAUUAAUUUGCCUUAUCUUUGAAUUGACUGUAUUUUACUCAUGCAAUAAAAUUCCUUUUUACGAUCCCCUGUACUCAUAUUAGAACCAUUUUAGAAAUGCAAAUGACCAACUUUGUCGCUGGGAAUUGGCAUGACUGGGAAUUUUGUCCUAAUACAUUCCAAGUGACCCAAUUCAACGUCAAAACGGUUAAUCAUCAAGGAGUAACUGGAAUACAGUUUGUUUGCAAUGAUCCGGAUGCUACUAUCGCACACAGCCAUGAGAGUGGGGGAGACUUCCCAGCCCAGUUUUUCUCUUGCUCAGUGGGAUACACCAAGGUCAAAGUGAGCUGGAAACCUGACGGGGGUGCAUUUGUCGAUGACAAAGGAUUGACUUGCCUGGAGUUGUAUUGUCCCACCUCUGGUGAAUGGCAUGUUCCAUCAGAGUGUUCGUAUGAGGGCGGUGAUCACACUGAGGAUUGUGCAGAUGAAACUGCCGUGUGUGGAAUUGCAACCAAAGCUUAUUACCAUUGGAGCGACAAUUUGGGAAUUACUGAUGUGCAAAUCAAAUGCUGCCGAUUGCCACAAUCACUUUAUCUUAAAUGAGUGCCAAUUAAAAUAUAAAACUGAUUGUUUUGUACCUCUUGGCUUUUUUAUUUGAUUAAUGGUUCAUGUCUUUUAUGUAGAUAACCUUACAGCCACCGGAAAUGGAAAUCCCUGCAGUUCAAAACAAAACACUUACUCAUAUACCAAGAUCGCGAAUUCUUCCAGCUUUUCGAACGACUGAGAUGU